CAAUAAAGGUAGCACAGGACUUGUAUGACAUGUUUUACACAAGGAUGACAUUACAUAGACGGGCAUAUCAGCACAAAACUCACAAAAUCAUCGGAAUGAUGAUUUGCGAUGCAUUAGAAUUAGCAGAUGCUCAUUUUACAAUACAUGGCAAAAGAAUUUCAGAAACUGUUGACGAUAUGGAAGCCUACACAUAUUUGAAUGAUGACGUCAUUCAGUUGAUUAUUAAUGAUAAUGAUCCAAGGCUUGAAGCAUCACGAAAAAUUUUACAAGAUAUUAUGUACAGACGGUUGUUUAAAUGUGUCACGCACACACACUGCAAGGUUUUUUACUUGCCAAUUUUCAUUAGUUCAAUACAGAUAAUUUGUGUAUUUAUAGAUCGCUUACUUUCAAUGACAAAUACUACUAUUUUUUCAGAUACAGAUGUAUUACAUAUUGACUGCAAAGUGUUUGAAAAAAGUAUUUCUUAACUUAAAGCAUUUGGGUGCAUAUGCAAAUACAAAUCAACACAUGUAGUAAUA